UGUUGUGGGGUGGAGAAUCAUGACCAGGAUGCGACUCUGGUUGGGAGCAAGGAGGGCUGGCCAGGGGGUACGGAAAGGCAGAGGAAAGGGCUUCAGAACUUCUUCUGUUUUUGAGUCAGCCAUGGGACAUGGUGCAGUAAGAACCGAGUGCCUUUGAUCAUGUGCAGAGUGCCUUCUCACACACACAAAAAGCUCAAUCAGCCCUUGAAUAUCUCGGAUCGGGAAGAAAGGCUUCCGGGUCGGAUAAGGUGCUCUGUAGUAAUCCUGCGUGAGGGAUCUCUGCCCUUUUCUUCCCUGACCCGCAACUGUCCCUUUCGCACAGUCAUCAAGGCUCAGAUCUGGAUCUUCUUAGUCCCCGUUUUCCUGGGCCUUGUGCAGGUCGGCCUCUUCCUGGAGCAGAUGGGCUUCUUCCUGCGCCAUGGCAACAGCUCCCGCCGAACCAGCCUCUCGCUCUGGAUCCUGGGGGUCUAUCCGGUAAGAACGGGCAAAGUGUUCAGUCUCACUUCCCUCAUUGGUUUGUUCAUCCCUCGCACUUCCUUCGUCUGUAACUUUGUGGCCUCCAUCUACCACUCCAUCACCCUCUGGAAAUUCCUUGCAUUGAUCAGAGAUUUCUUUGGCGGAUCAGACCGAAUGCUCCAGCAACUGGAGAGCCAGCGUGUUUCUCCAAACCCUUUCCCCUGUUGCUGCUGUUGCUGCCUUCCUGAAAUUGCCGCCAACAGAACAAACUUGCGAUGUAUGACGCUGGCUGUGUAUCAGCUCUCUGUCAUCAGGACCAUCCUCUUUUUCGUCACCCUUAUCCUCUGGACGGAUGAGAAAUAUGACUAUGGCGACGUGGGCUACACCAACCCCAACUCUUACAUCUACGCCAUCAUUGCCAUCUCCACAUUCCUAUCCUUCUAUGGCUACUUGCUCUUCUACAAAGCCACCAAGCCGGCGCUCAACGGCUACAACUUGCGCUCCAAAUUCGUCUGCAUCAUCUUGGUCCUCGUCCUCUGCGGCCUGCAGAGUGGGAUCCUGGAGACCAUGGGGGCAGUGGGGGCUAUCCCUUGCAGCCCGCCUCUCUCCCCGGUUACACGCUCCCAAGUGAUCUACUACUAUUCCCUGGCUGUCGAGAUGUUCUUCAUCGGCAUAUUUGCCCAUUACUCUUUCCGAAGAGCCGAGCCGCAGCUGGACACUCAGCAGGUCACCCGCCACCGAGCCUCCCAGACCGAGGGUCCCCCAUCUGGAUGCUGCAGCCCGGGAGACGACGCAUCCAUGGAGGGAGCCAACCCAGGCUACCUGGGUGAGGAGUCUGUGUGUACCAUAGAGCACUCUCCGCUGGACCGCUUUGAUUUCAUUGUGGGGGGGCCUGUGGAUGGCUGGCGGGAGAGCUGGGGGCCAGGCAUCCCGAGGACAGGGCCUCCACGGGCAGAGGCCCUGAAAGCCAGCUCCUUGCACCAAAGUACUGGCCCAGAAUCACCACCAACUGGAAUCCAAACUCAUGCCCAGGUGGCCAAACUGAACGGUGAAGGGAUCACUGUUGUGUAGCCCUCAAUCUCCAGGAAACGGUCCUCCCUUUUGUGGCAACACCUGGAUUCUGAGGAAACAAGGACGACUGACCUGAGGAAAACAGGAUGGAGGCAGAUGACAGCAACAACCACGAACUCCAUGCUUAGCCAAGGAGUGGGGCAGGGGGAGAAAGGACAAGGUUUACCUUGAGGAAUAAAUAGCAUUGUGAGGGAAUUUCAGUCCAUCUAUAGCAAGUCUCGACUGUCAGAUUAAAGAAGGUAAAGUAAUAAGCAGUAUGACUAAGGCCAGAAUAAUCAAAAACCUGGAAGGACUUGCCGUGCUGGGAAACAGCAUGCCUUUGUUAAAUGAUUAUCAAUAAUUUCUGCAGCACUCAGAACACAGUCUGCCUGUGAGGGAAGGGAGGCCAAGAAAACCCUGUCUUUAGCCCACAGCUGCCCUGGAUGGAUGAACAGGAAUUUGAACCUCUCCGUGUGUGUCCUCCCAAUAAAGCACCCUAGCUACUUAUCACAGCAAAAGAGAAGCUUUGAGCAAGUGACAAAGCUUCAUUAAAAUCAACACAGUUUUGGUUACAGGUAGGUAGCCAUGUUGGUCUGAGUCGAAGCAAAAUAAAAAAAAUCCUUCAGUAGCACCUUAAAGACCAACUAAGUUUUUAUUUUGGUAUGAGCUUUCGUGUGCAUGCACACUUCUUCAGAUACAGUUUAUCUGUUCAGAUAUACAGUUCAGAUACAGAUAAUCAGAUACAACACAGUUUUGAUUGGUCAGGGAGAAAGGGACAGAAAAUAAUAAAACAGAAAAUUAUGUAAAAUACUAGUUCCCAAUUGGCGGUCUGUGGACGUCAGCGGGUCUGUGUAACCACCCGGGGGGGGGGGUCGUCUGCAUUUUUAAUGUUUGAGGUUUUAUUGUGUUUUUAAUAUUUUGUUGGCAGCCACCCAGAGUGGCUGGGGCAACCCAGUCAGAUGGGUGGCCUGUAAAUAUUAAUGUUGUUCUUAUUCACCUAACAAAAACUACCAUAGAGAUAUCAAAAUUUUCAAAAGUAAGGGGUCCAGGGCUUAGCUUUUGAAAAACAGGGGGUUUGCAGUACUUAUCUACCGGUAAUGGGGAACCACCGCUGUAAAAGGUAAACCAAGAAGGAUGAAAAGUCUUUCGAACCAGCAGGGGGCGGUAUUCAUCUCUUGCCCCCCCCCCCAUUUCUGUGAUAAUGUCACGUUGACAGUUUUCCAAGGGCGUCUGUGACCUCAGCCUCUAGGGGUAAGCAUGCAGCCCCCUGCUCUUGCUGCUCCAGGAGGGCAUUUCCCUGCUGAGGCCGGGGCACUUGCUCCUUGGUCAGCAGAUUGUGUUUCUUCAAGAAGCAGGCCUCUUCGUAGGGAGGGCAGAUGGGAGGCUGAGUCGGGGGUACGUAAGUGUAUUUCUUCUCGGGAUCCAGCUGAUCAAAUGGGAAAGAGAGCAAGUGAGCUUUAAAGCAGGUGGUCCAAAUCCCUUUCCUGAGCCUAAGCACCACCAACCACCACUAUCCUUUUUGUUAAUCUCCAGUGCUAAUUAACAGGCACCUCCAUUCUCUACAUUGCGGUCUUUGGGCUGUAGCCAAUGCUAGUUCUACUUGAAGAGUUGAAGGCACCUGUCUGUCUUGAGAGACAGGGGUGGGGUCAAACCUCUUUAGUACCAGCACCAGAGAGACCUUCCCUGGCCAUGUGUCUGGAGAUCCUGGGCCGCCCAGAUGACAAGACCCCCCUCUUGGCUUCGCUGAAGGAGCACAAGGGAAAGUGGAGCAAUACACUCAGCACCAGCUUCACUGCAGGAGUUGGUGGAAGGAGGCGUACAAGGCGCCGUCUAACCAUCGCAGGGACUCCAUCCAGGAUUUGUGUAGGGUUUACUCCUUAGCCUUUUCUUCUUCCAAAGAUAUCCCACAAGGCAGCAGAGGUUUUCCUUCACCUAUUUAAGUGAUGGCCAAACUUGGCCCUCUAGCUGUUUGGGGACUACAAAUCCCAUCAUCCCUAGCUAACAGGACCAGUGUUCAGGGAUGAUGGGAAUUGAAGUCCCAAAACACCUGAAGGGCCAGGUUUGGCCAUCACUGACCUAGAUCAGGCAUCCCCAAACUUCGGCCCUCCAGAUGUUUUGGACUACAAUUCCCAUCUUCCCCGACCACUGGUCCUGUUAGCGAGGGAUCAUGGGAGUUGUAGGCCAAAACAUCUGGAGGGCCGCAGUUUGGGGAUGCCUGACCUAGAUGGAGCCCCUUCCCUGGCGGAUGAGCCCCAUCUGCCCCUCACUUCCUUCUACAGCACAUGCCGAAACCACCUUCUUGACUGUUGGACCCGUUAUUGGUCUCAUCCAGUGUCGACCCACUGAAAUUAAUAGCUGGGACUGACUUAGAUCUAAGAAUUUCAUCAGGUCUGCUCCGAGUAGGACUAGCACUGGAUGCAAUGCUGCCUGUUUCAGGUUCUCCUACUGAUAACUGCAAAGCACCAGGGGCUUUGGACUGGGAAUCCCUAAUAGAGGGACCCGUGUACUUUAAUCUUUGCGCCGAGAAAGGAGCUGCUACCCAUGAAGAAGACCGUAUGCCUCUGAAUACCAGUUGAUGGAAAUUGCAGAUGGGGAGGGGGGCUCCUAUUGCCCUCAGGUCCUGCUGGUGGGCUUCCCAUUGGCAUCUGGUAGACCACGAAGGAUGCUGGACUAAGAUUGGGCCUUUGGUCUGAUCCAGCAGGCCUCUUCUGUUCUUAGCACCACCAGUGCCAACGACCAGAGGGUGGUUUUGCAGCUACCGAUUCAGGAAGGACCACGUGGCGGAAGAGGGCCCAUAGGACUCCACCUGGUUCUCCAGACGCACCACCCAAGGCCAGCCUUACCUGCAGAGGGUACGUCCGGUCGGAAUCAUAAGCACUCAGGUCUCCACAAGCCAGGAAGGGGACAAUCACCCGGUUGGGGCCCUCCAGCUGGUUAAAAUCCACAUCUGUAUUGGGGGAGGUUUGGUAAGUGUUGCUUGCAAAGAGAUGGACCCUCCAGGGUUGAACACAGUCUGUCCUGCCCUCGACACCCCCCCCCCCGCCCCACUAUUCAACUUUGUAAUUCUUUACAAUUCCUAAUCCUAUUCCCCUCAUUUAAAAAUAUCCUUACAACUUUUUUUUAAAAAAAUCUCUGUGGUUAAGAAGCUUUUAGAUUGUGAAGACUCACAAUCCCCCUCCUCCAUCCACACUUUCUUGCCUCUGCCCUCAAACCACCCGCUUCCCCUUGAGUUUCCCUGCCCUGCGUCCCACAGCACAACGGGAACCCACAGAAACAUCUCUUCCCCCUUCAAGGUUCCUUACCGUAACAGUGAUCCAGCAAGGGAUUUGACAUGUUUGGCACGUAGCCUUCGGGGGGGCUGUAGUUUCGGCAAACAACAAAGGCCUCUGGAAGGAUGAAAAGGCAGUUAAAAGCUUUGGCGAUCACCGCUCUGGGAUUCCACGCUAAAUUAUACACAAACACACACAAUCCCCGGCUGUUUCCCCAAUACAGUUGGUUAUCAAGCCCUGUGAGGAAUAUGUUGUGCCUAACCCCAACCUGCAUUGGGAAAAGGCAUGUUCUGCACUAAAACCAUCAGACCGGGGACGGGGGGACGGGGACGACGACACAGCAAAGAGGACAGAGCAUCUGCUUUGUAAACAGAAGGUUCCAGGUUCAAUCCCUGGCAUCUCCUGGCAGGGCUAGAAAAUACCUUUGCCUGCAACCCCUGAGGCCCACUGCCAGUCAGGGCUGACAACUCCAAGCUAGAUGGAUCCAGUAGCCUCACUGAUGUAAUCCAGCUUCCUAUCUUCCUAUAUGCGGGCCAUUUCUAAGCUUCCAUCACAUAUGAGCAUGACCAAGAACUAGCAUGGAGCUAUUCAGACACAGUCAGACUCUGUUCUAAAUUGUUUCCACUGAGUGCUAUGUGACAGAAUAAAACAGUCUGACUCCUGGGAUGCAGAAGAUGACGGACGUAUGACUCAUGCAAUAGACAGGAGGCCCUUCAAUGGCAAGAGCCCAUUUGCCAGCGGUGCCCUUGAGAGAAUGACCUAUAAAAAUGAAUGGCUGCCGCUCACAUCUAUAGGAAGCGGGGAAACACAGCCUUUGGGGAAACACAGCCUUUCAGUGUAUCUGAAGAAGUGUGCAUGCACACGAAAGCUCAUACCAAUGACAAACUUAGUUGGUCUCUAAGGUGCUGCAGGAAGGAAUUUUUUUAUUUUGUUUCGACUACGUCAGACCAACACGGCUACCUACCUGUAACUAGCCUUUGGGGAUUAGCUUUGCAGCAGGAGAAAACAACUGCCCACUACCUCCAACACUGGCCUUCAACAACAGUACACACAUGUCCUAAUUUUGCAAAUGCAUGGCUACCCAUUGAAUGUAAUGGGAUUCUUGUCCCUAGCUGAACUAGGUGACUGAAGAAACAUGUUUGCAUAAAUUUAAAAAGUUAGCCUAAACUCCAAAUGCAGCUGCUGCAACACAAACAUGAUUUUUGUUUUUUUAAAUGGCACUGAAGCAGAAAAGACCUCCACCAAAGCAAACUCAAUCAAAAGCCCUAAGAGAAGUUUGGAUGGUUAAAUUUUGGGGAAAGGGGGUGGGAUGAAGGAGGAAUGGCAGAUUUGUUAUUAGGAUUGAUCAAAAGGCUUGAAAACUGGACUGUUGAUUAUGGAACUUGCUGGACUGAAAGGGGUGAAUGGGUCCCAAAGGGGGAGUAGGUAUAUUGAUCAAUAGAUAUAUAGUUAACUAAACUUAGGAAUGAAUAAAUGGUUUAAAAGGGAUGGAGGUCUUUGGAGGUAAAAAUUAGGUAAGGG